UCGACAAGUCGACAGCUAAUUAUUUUUAAGAAACUCCUACUAUUCUUUAAUUUAUAAAGCGUAAUAUCUCAAUAUUUUACUGCUAGAAGAUGUUAUGUAUUAGUUUUAAUCUUAGUGACUAAAGUUUUUAUCUAAGUUCACAACGAGUGUUUACGUGCAAGAUGGAUGAAAAAGAAGAGUUACAUUUAACCUCUCAGGAGCUACAGGUUUUGUCGGAAUUGGACAGUCGGCAAUUCGGUUUCCUGAAACUUCGAGGCACGGAGCAUGGCAGGACCAGGGCGCUUGUUCUUAAAGCUGUUAAAUAUUUGGAGGGCAUGCUGGUACAAGUCAAGGAAGAAGAAAGAGCUUGUUCUCCGGGCGCUAGAAGAGACAUAUGUAUAGAUCCAAAAACUUACUGUAAACUGGGCCAUUUUCACUUGCUGCUAGAAGACUAUGCAAAAGCAAUGUCGGCAUAUCAAAAAUUCUAUGCCCUGGAGCAGGACAAUUGGAAAGACCCGUUGUUUCUCUAUGGCCUCGGCUUGUGCUACUAUCAUUACAAUGCAUUUGAUUGGGCUACGAAGGCAUUGCAGAUGGCUCUGUACGUGUCGCCCGGAUUCUCCCGGGCCGCGGACGCUCAUAUGCGGCUGGCUCUCAUGUUUAAAGCCCGAAGGCACUGGGCAGCAGCCGCCGUCCACUUCAGGAGGGCGAGACUGGCCCCCCACCAGGAUGCCACCUUCACGAGGCUGGAGCUGAGCUUCCACGCUGCUCAUCUGCUGGAGGCGCGGGGACUGAGGAAGUCUGCGAGAGACGCCUACGAGAGACUUCUGAAAGAGCCGUCGUUGUCGUCGUCUUUGAAGGCUGAUGUCUGCCGGCAAUUAGGCUGGCUGUUCCACCGGUGCGCGUCGCUAGGAGAACCUGCGUCUCGGGCCCGCGCCGCCAUCUGGUGCCUCCAACGCGCCGUGGUAGCGGAGCCCGAGUCCGGAGCCGGGCUGUAUCUGCUGGGCAGGUGCUUCGCCUUCCAAGGCAAGGUGCACGAUGCCUUCGUCGCGUAUAGAAACUCCGUGGAGAAGUCGGAAGGCAACGCGGACACCUGGUGCUCUAUUGGGGUGCUCUACCAACAACAGAACCAGCCGAUGGACGCACUCCAAGCGUACAUCUGUGCCGUCCAACUGGACAAGGGCCAUUCCGCAGCUUGGACGAACCUCGGCAGCCUAUACGAGAGCUGUCAGAUGCCGCGCGACGCGUUCGCGUGUUACAGCAACGGAGGGAGCGCUGCAACAGCGAACAACGCGUCGCUGCGGCAACGACUCGCGUUUUUGAGAUCGCAGUUGGCACAUGCGCCCAUGCCGAGCGUUACUGGCAAGCGGCGCCCUCUACCGUCGAUCGAGGAGGCAUGGAAUCUCCCCAUAUCGGCGGAGAUGUCGUCGCGCGCGCCCAAGCCGGCGCCGCCGCCGUAUCCGGGCCGCGCGGAGGCCCCGCCCCUCACGCCCGCCCAGCUACAGACCCUACAGUACCUGCAGCGGAACGCGCACAACCUGUCGCCGCAGCAGCAGGCAAUGAUGCAGCAACUACUGUCGCAGUACCGAUUGGCGCAGGCGGCGCGGGCGCGGGCGGUUGCGAAAAGCGAAAGUAGCGCCUCUAGCGGCGACAACGCCGAGUCCCUGGCUGAGGACUUGCUGAAGAAGUUCUCGGACACUCAGCCCGAAAUCAAGAAGGAGCCUGUCAGCACAGAGCCGGCGACUAGCGCGCCCGCCGUGCUGGGGGGCCGGCAGGCCGUGGUCAAGCUCGAGCCGCUCAACACCGACCCCACCAAGCCCGUCACCUUCCACUCAGCCAUGAGCGCCAAGCAGAUAUUAGAUGCUUGCAAGGAGAACGCGGGUCCGCCGUCGUCGUGGAGCGUGCUGGGGGACGGGCUCGGGCCGCCGGAGCCGCCCGGCGUGCCGCCGCCGCGCCUCACGCCCGACCAGCUCGCGCCGCCAGCGCCCUUCGUCUACGUCGAGUCCAAGCGCGACGCCUUCUCCCCGCAGCUGCAGGACUUCUGCCUCAAGCACCCCAUCGCCGUCGUCCGCGGCCUCACCGCCGCGCUCAAGCUCGACCUCGGCCUCUUCUCCACCAAGACGCUGGUGGAGGCGUGGCCCGAGCACGCCGUCGAGGUGCGCACGCAGCUCAUGCAGAGCGCCGAUGAGAACUGGGAUGCGGGCGGGCGGCGGCGCGUGUGGGCGUGCGCCUCGCACCGCUCGCACACCACCGUGCGCAAGUACGCCCAGUACCAGGCCGGCUCCUUCCGCGACUCCCUGCGUGACGAGCGCGCCCCUCCCUCCGACAGCGACGCGCCGCACCCCAAGCGCCGCCGCCACGCGCGCAUGCUGCGCUUCGGCACCAACGUCGACCUCUCCGACGAGCGCAAGUGGCGCCCCCAGCUCGCCGAGCUGCAGAAGCUGCCGGCGUUCGCGCGCGUCGCGUCUGCCGCCAACAUGCUGUCGCACGUUGGCCACGUCAUCCUCGGCAUGAACACGGUGCAGCUGUACAUGAAGGUGCCAGGCUCGCGCACGCCCGGCCACCAGGAGAACAACAACUUCUGCUCGAUCAACAUCAACAUCGGCCCCGGCGACUGCGAGUGGUUCGGCGUGCCCGACUCGUACUGGGGCGGCGUGCGCGAGCUGUGCGACCGCCACGGCCUGUCCUACCUGCACGGCUCGUGGUGGCCGGACCCCGACGAGCUGCGCGCGCACGGCGUGCCCGUGUACCGCUUCACGCAGCGGCCCGGCGACCUCGUGUGGGUGAACGCCGGCUGCGUGCACUGGGUGCAAGCCACCGGCUGGUGCAACAACAUUGCCUGGAACGUCGGCCCGCUCACCGCGCGCCAGUACUCGCUCGCGCUCGAGCGCUACGAGUGGAACAAGGUGCAGAACUUCAAGUCCAUCGUGCCCAUGGUGCACCUCACGUGGAACCUCGCGCGCAACAUCCGCGUCUCCGACCCGCGUCUGCACCGCGCCAUGCGCACCUGCCUCGCGCAGACGCUGCGCGCCGCCGCCGGCACGCUGGCCGCGGUGCGAGCGCGCGGCGUUGCCGUGCGCUUCCACGGCCGCGCGCGCGGGGAGGCCUCGCACUACUGCGGCGCGUGCGAGCGCGAGGUGUGGCACGCGCUGCUGGUGCGCGAGCACGAGCGCCGGCACGUGGUGCACUGCCUGGCGUGCGCGCGCCGCGCCGCUCCGGACCUCGCCGGCUUCCUGUGCCUGGAGGAGCACCACAUGGACGAGCUGGCGCAGGUGUACGACGCCUUCGUGCUGCAUCGCCCCGCGCCGCACCACGCCCCCGCCCCCGCCUCGCACGCCUCGCACACGUCGCACACGUCGCACACAUCGCACGCCCCGCACGCCCCGCAGCCGGUGGCGGCGCCGGCGCCGGACUGACGCGCCGUUGCGCCGCCGUCGCCGGAGCGUGUUAGUGUGGUGUGAGCGUCGCGCCGCCGCCGUCGUCGUCGUCGUUGUCGUUGCGUUGUAGUUCGGUAGAUAUUUUUUUUUAUUAGUCGCGAGCUAGUUUCUAUCGGUUAACUCGUAACGUGAUGUCGUAUUUGACCAACUCUCUAGAAUAAUAAAGUGUAGCGAAUAUCCCCGUUCUAUUUUAACGAACGUCGCGCGAGCGCGAGCUUUCGGGCGGUCGAUGUACAGCAGAUGCGUAAUUUUGUAACUCAGUAACUUUUACAGAUUGGUCCUUCUCGGUCACUUUUGUUAAGAGAAAUAAUUGUAAAGAUUUGAGUCAAUUCGCGGAAUGCUAACGAAUCACAGUAUCGUAUCGGGAGUCCGGACGUCGCUCGACGUCGCCCGCCGUAGGGCGCUAGUGUAGAUGUACUCGCUUAGGUUAGUCUGGUCUCAGGCCGACGUCCGCCGGGGGUCGGCCCGCUAUGGUCUCAGUGCUCAGGUGUUCACCACAAAUAUGUUAUUUUGUAAAGAAGUAUAUUUAUUUAUUUCUCACUUAAAUUAUAAGUUUUUUUUCUACAAUUCUAGCAAAGGAGUAAUCACAUCCGUAGCGAAUAGUUGAUGGCACGGUGAGACUCUGCGUUUUAGGAGGGUCUGGAGUUGUGCUGCUGUGUCCCAAAGAAUGAUAUUUUGUAGGCAAAUACAGUAAUGUAAUCGCAAAAAUCUUGUAUGAAGUUGUAAUUUUUAUUUUAAUUUUUGACAUAUUUGGGGUGUAAAAUGAGAAAAUCUACUAAUCGAUGGGACAGUAUUGUUCAAAUUUGACAAAAAAAAUUAGAAAAUUGUUUGGCUUGUAAGCGUAGGAAAGAUUAGGAAUGUUGGCAGGAGACGCUGCUUUACUCUUAAGGCUAAACGUUGGUUUUUCUCGAAGUUUUAUGGUAUGUUAGUAACAUUUGAAUGUUGGAUGUAUUUUUUUAGGCUUUAAGAGUGGCAGGACGUCUACGAGUCUGGUGGAUUGUAUUUGUAUUUAUAUAAUAAUAAAUAGUAAUGUAACAUCACUGCCAUGUAAGACCUUAAUGUUUAUAUUGUAACAUUAAAAUUUUUAUUAAGA